UAAAAUCUUGAUUCCUAAGUUUUACCUAUUAUUAUGAUUUGACGUCAAGAAAGUGGACGUCAUCUUGUAUAAAAAUUCUUUAUUUGAUUAGUUUUAAAUUUUACUUAACAGUGACAAUUUGUUUAUAUGAUAGGUAUUCUUUAAAUAAAAGAAAAUUUAAGUUAUGCAUGAGUGAAAAGAAAAAAUAUAAUAGGAGAGUGAGGGUGACGCCGCAGUCAAUACGCUAUUGUGUCGGUGAUGUAAUUUGAGUGAUUUGGUGGCUUCCUAGGCAUAAGUACUACAAUGGAAGAAUCUUCAUUUACUAUCCCAGCUGACGACAAUGGUGACACUGAACUCGAUCCUAGAAUACAGGUGGAGCUGGAGAAUCUGAACGCUGCCACGGACGAGAUCAACAAACUCGAACUCGAACUAGAUGAGUCAAUGAAAACCUUCCACCUGCUGUUGAACGAGACGUCGCGCCGGCUACAGGCUCUGACGAAACGAUUGGGCACAUGCGUUGAUAAGUCACGUCCGUACCACGAUGCUGUCGCGGCGUCAGCCACCGCCAGAACUGAAUGUCAGCGUGCUGCCGUGCAGUAUCAGAGGGCUAGCGAACUCCACGCUGCCGCCAAGGAGACGGUGACUCUGGCUGAACAGAGGUUUGUCAGCAAACAGGACGAGUGGCAGUUUGAUAGCAACUGGCAGGAGGUGCUCAACCAUGCCAUCAUCAAGGUCAUGGAUGCUGAAAAACGUAAAGCAGAGAGUGGGAGAGAACACCAGAAGAAAGCGGCUCUUUAUAUAGCAGCUGAGAGAAAGGUCACACAGCUAGAAGAGAGUCUUAAACGUAAUAUAAUAAAGUCAAAAGUUUACUUCGAGGAGAAGAAACUAUGCGAUGAACAACUACAAGCCCAGAACGAGAAGAUCGAAAAGUUACAGCGUCUCAUAGCGGACGCCAAGUUCAGAUACUCGAAAUCUCUCAAAGUCCUCGAGGAAAUAUCCGAAGAGAUACACAGGCAGAGAGGUGAAUAUCUGCCAGGGAAAGAUAGCAUUCCGGUGGGGCCGAGGGAACCGGGCGUCGGAGCGGAACGGGAUCCCGUACACGACGAGACGCAGGUGGAAGGCAGCGACAACGACGAGUCCAGCUUACAGGAGCUCAGGAUGAGGGUGAGGGAACUGGCGCUCAAACCGAUCGACAGAAACGACGUAGAAACAGACGAGGCGUGGGCACAGGAACUCAACGAGACCAUCAACAAACUCGACCAGCUGCUCAUGAUGAAGGAAUCCAACCAACAGAAGCGAUCGAAGUUCACGGCCAGCUCGCCGAGGAACUCCAGCGCGCCCUCCACCAGCACCAACUCCGGAAAAUACAACCAUCCACCCAGCGACAGCUGGGGCACCGACACGAACCUCUCGCGACCGAAAUCAAUCAGCAGGGAGGUCGUAUACGAGAACAUGAAUCCGCCCAUCGCUAAGACCGACAAAUCGAAGAGCAUGAUGUCGUUGGAUGUGCUGGCUCUGGCCAGAGACGCGUCUAUGAAGGACCGCGAGUCCUACCUGAAGGCGGUCAUAGAGGACAAAUCUCCCACGGGGACCUACACCGAGAGCAACUCAGACAGGAACGACAGUCCGGACGAUAUCCUCAUGGUGGAAUGCGACUCGAGUGAUUCCACGCAGACUCCCGUCAUCAGGAUGACCAGCUCCACCGUCACGGACAGCGAUCACAGCUAGGAAGGUCCCGACACGUCCCAGACCUUCUAGCAUUACACUGAAAUCUAUCUCCUCGAAGUCCGUAAACUAUAUCGAUAUUGAUGAAAAUGGUUGUGUAUUUUGUUUUGUGACUGAAAUAAAAAAUUGGUGAGUAAAA